UGGGUGGAAUGCCACAGCUGAUUUGGUGACAUUAGUGCAGAAUUAAAGAAAAUAAAAUUUUUGAUUGAAAAUUUGAAGAAAAAUGAAAAAAUCAGUGAUCGAAUCAUUGAGUUUGGGGUUAAAUAAGUUAUUGUAUCUCACUGACGAGUAUGUGAACAAACGAGUGAAUGAAAUUUGCAGCAUUCCAACAACUGAUAAGAAAUCGAUGCUGCUAAAGGCAAUAAGUGUUAUUGAUUUGACGUCUUUGAACGCAGAUGAUACGAGGGAAACUAUUGAAGAAUUGUGUGCAAAGGCGAUAAAUCCGCUAGGGGACAAGUCAGAUAACAAAGACUUGCACACAGCAGCUGUUUGUGUACUUCAAUCGCGAGUUCAAGAUGCUAAAAACGUUUUCAAACGUGAGAAUAGCAAAAAUAUUGCUAUUGCAACAGUUGCUGGAGACUUUCCAACAGCCGCACUCUCCUACGAUCAGCGUCUGAAAGACGUCAUUGCAGCAGGACAAUCAGAUGCUGAUGAAAUUGACAUUGUCAUUGACAGAUCUCUAGUUGAAAAUGAAAAUUGGGAGGAAUUGUUCCGGCAGAUUUCGGAGAUGAGGAAGGCCUGUGGGGAUAAGCACAUGAAGACUAUUCUCUCCACUGGUGAUUUAUCCAGUGUUUAUCAUGUCUACAAAGCAGCCAUGGUGGCCAUGAGUGCUGGCUCGAAUUUUAUUAAAACUUCCACUGGCAAAGAAAGUGUUAAUGCCACUUUGGAGGUGGGAAUUGUCAUAUGUGAGGCCAUCAAAGAGUUCACGAAGUGGACUGGAGUAAAGGUGGGGUUCAAGCCAGCGGGGGGUAUCAAGACUUCCCUUCAGGCGUUACAAUGGGUGAAUUUGGUCUCGGAAAUAUUGGGAGAGGAGUGGCUCGACAAAAAACUCUUCAGAAUUGGAGCUUCCAGUCUUUUGGAUGAUCUUGUUGAAGCUGUUAACAACUCCUGAUUCAUUUGAUUACCUGGAUUUUCAUGUGUUCAUACUUUUGUACUGAGAUUGUAAUACUUUUUCAACCUUUGAUGAACAAAUUAGUAUAAUUAUUCUCACGAAA